AUGAGCAACAACUCCAUAUCUUCCAUCUCCGGCUCAGAUGCUGCCGAAAAAGCUGUUGAUGAUUCAUCGAAGCUGAAAACUUUCGUUUCAAUUCUUCGAAAGUUUAUCGGUGUUGCAGACAUUGCAUCCGUUCGCUUUUCUCUACCGUCACACCUUUUAGAACCCACUCCUAACCUAGAAUACUGGAACUAUCUGGAUAGACCAGAAACUUUUGCCAGCAUUGGCACGUCGGAUAAUGAGUUAGGUCGGAUGCUGGAAGUUUUAAGGUUUUGGUUCACCAAAGACCUGAAAUAUAUCAAGGGAAAGCCAUGCAAACCGUACAACUCGACGCUCGGUGAAUUUUUUAGGUCUUACUGGGAAGUUGAGCGUACUAAACCACCCAUAAUCCCGUCCGGAAACAGUACAACAAAUGAGGGUGCAACGGUGGUCGACAGCAGCGAUGGCCCAGUGAAGGUCUGUUAUCUGACUGAGCAGACGUCUCAUCAUCCUCCAGUCUCGGCAUUCUACAUUGAUUGUCCGCAACGAGGAGUCUCGGCUCGAGGAUUUGACCAGAUUAGUGCCAAGUUCACUGGCACAAGCAUCCGCAUUGGCCCCGGCGAGCAUAACCAUGGUAUUUUUGUGACCCUCGAAAAGCGAGAUAACGAAGAAUAUCAACUCACUCACCCCUGGGCUCACCUUGGCGGCCUGUUGAGGGGCUCAAUUUCUAUCACAGUAGCGGGGAAUUGUUAUGUGACCUGCCCGAAAACAUGCAUCAAAGUCAUACUCCAGUACAUUGAAGAAGGAUGGGUUGGCCGACCCCAGAACCGGGUGGAGGGAGUCAUAUUCCGAUACGACCCCGCAAACGAUGACAAGACUAGGAUCAAGGAUGUAUCGCAGAGCGACGUGCUUGCCCGCAUCCAUGGAUGUUGGCGUGAGCAGAUAUAUUACACGUUGCCCGGUUCAUCAGAACCUCAACUUCUAGUUGAUGUCACACCUCUGUUUCCCGCGAACAAGAUUGUUCCACCGGAAGAGCUCCAGCUGCCAAACGAAUCUCGCAAAUUCUGGUCAAAAGUGACGGCGGCAAUUCUGAAGAAACAGUACAAUCAGGCAACGAAACUGAAACAGGAGAUCGAAGAGCACCAGCGAGAAAAGGCGGCCGCCAGGAAAGCGAAGAAUGAAGAAUGGAAGCCACGCUUUUUCACCGGAGCCCUGACUCCUGUGGGAAAGCCUGAUUUAAACGAGGAAGGAAAGAAAGCUCUCCGGGGUCUGUAUGAAGGCGACUUCUACUUGGAGGAGAGUAAGGUUACUGGUGCAUAG